CUUCUCUCCAGAGAUACUGCCUGUCCGGCUGAGUUAAUCCAGCUUUGUGUGUCUAUUUACUUCGUUUAAUUUAGUUUAGUUUAGAGAUACAGCGUGGAAACAAGCCUUUCACCCGCCAAAUGUGCACUGACCUGCGAUCCCUGCACACCAACACUAUCCUACACACACUAGCGAAAACUUACAUUUACACCAAGCCAAUUAACCGACAAACCUGUACGUCUUUGGAGUGUGGGAGGGAACCGGAGCGCCUGGAGAAAACUCACGGGGACGGGGAGAACGUAAAACUCCGUACGGACAGCACCCGUAGUUGGGAUGGAACUCGGGUCUCUGGCGCUGUGAGGCAGCAACUCUACCGCUGCGCCACCGUGUUGCCUGGUAACACUGUAACCAACGAACCUUUGUUGUGGUUGUUUCGGCAGAAGGCCGUCCGGGAGCUGGUGUACUCGGGGAUCUACGACCAGCGGGAGGAUUACACCGUGGUCCUGCAGCCCUUCCUCCGGAACUUGAGGCUCCCUCUCAAUGCCGAAGGCAAAGCUGAUCUCAGCUACUUUUCGGGGAGCGACCUCCAUUUCAGUGUCAGGAGCUUUCCCCUUUUAGCCAGCGGUCUUUGGAAUAAUAUGCUCGAACCUGCUGGUCAGAAAAAUGAAGUCCUUGAAUUGUCACCAACGCUGCCCCCGUUGCACUGUCCAGAGCAGGAAAGGCCUUAUCUCUACACGUACCACAACAGCAAUUAUGGAGUGCGGCAGCGGGGAAAAGCCGGAUGGUCAGAUCAGAAGGUGUUUGGCAGUGAACUGACCUGUGCGGACAGGGAUGCAUCCAAGACUGUUCCGGUCUCAGUCCACAAGCUCAGACCAGCAGAUGUAAAGGUGAUCGCAGCCCUCGGUGAUUCAAUCACAGCAGGUAAUGGGGCUGGAUCAAAGCCCAAUGACGUGUUUGAUGUUCUCUCCCAGUACCGAGGUCUCUCCUGGAGCAUCGGUGGAGACGGGAAUAUAACAACAGUCACCACACUGAGCAACAUUCUCCGUGUGUUCAACCCAUCCCUGGUUGGAUAUUCCACCGGUAUUGGUCGGCAGGACACCCAACAUGCUUUCCUGAACCAGGCUGUGGCGGGAUCUGUUACCGGGGAGUUGAUGCCCCAGGUCAGGGAACUCCUGAAGCGGAUGAAGAAUAAUUUGCUCAUCAAUUUUCAAGAGGAUUGGAAGAUAAUUACCCUGUUUGUUGGAGGGAACGAUCUUUGUGACUACUGCAAGAACCCGGCAGAAUUCUCGCCAGAUAACUUUAUCAAGAACAUACAAGAAGUUCUGGAUACUCUGCAUAAUGAGGUACCCAGAGCCUUUGUGAACUUGGUGACAGUUCUCCACAUCCUCCCGCUGCGAGAAUUAUUCGCCGACACGCGUGUGAAGUGCAGUCUCUUCAUCUUAAAUAUGCUUUGCAAGUGUGUUGUUAAUCCUGAGGACAACUCGGUACAGCUGGAUGAACUGGAAACCCUGAACCGGGAAUAUCAGAGACGAACGCACACAUUGAUCAACUCUGGAAGGUAUGACAGUAGAGAAGACUUCACCGUGGUCAUCCAGCCAUUUAUGGAAGACAUCGAGAUGCCGAGAGACAAGAACGGAGUGCCGGAUAUAUCCUACUUUGCCCCAGACUGCUUUCACUUCAACGUGAAGACCCAUGCACAGGCAGCACGCAGCUUGUGGAAUAACAUGCUGGAGCCUUUGGGCGGAAAGACCAUGAAUCAGUCAAUUGACCAGCUAAUCUAUCUUAGCUGUCCUUCACAGGAGCAUCCUUACUUAAGAACAUACAGGAACAGUAACUACACUUACCCAAACAACUCUGGCCAAGCGACUUCUGAGGCCCCCCGGACCACCGAGACCACAGUUGCACCAUCACACAAGCCAUCUACAACACAAGUGCCCAUGGAAACAACGUCACCCAUUGUGAGAACCACAGGAUUUUACGAGCAGGUCAGUAGAAACACUGCUAAUUGUGGAUGAAGAAAUAGUGCUGGGGUGACAUUUUUGUUAAAUCGUUUUUAUAAAUUCAUAAGUGAUUCAUAAACGUCACAAGCUAUGGUUUUCUGUCUUUGAUCAAAUAGAGUUAUAGAGUCAUCAAGUGAUACAGCAUGGAAACAGGCCCGACUUGCCCACACCGGCCAACAUGUCCAGCUACACUAGUCCAACAAGAUUUUUCUUUCUUUUUUUCUUUUUAAACUUAUUUCCUCGGGUUUCCGAUUCCCCACCUCUGGGCAAGAGAGUCUGUGCAAUCUAUUCCUCUCAUGAUUUUGUACACUUCUAUAAGAUGCCCCCUCAUCCUCCUGCGCUCCAAGGAAUAGAGUCCCAGCCUACUCAACCUCUCCAUAUUCUUCAGGACCUGGCAACAUCCUGGUAAAUGUGCUCUCCACCAUUUCCAGCUUGACAACAUCUUUCCUAUGACGGGGUGACCUGUUUUCCAGAUGUGGUCUCACCAAUGUCUUUCACAUGGUCUUGUGAAUUUUCAAUCCUCGGUGAAUGAAAGGUGGUGCAGCGUUCAACCUCUACGCUGGCUGCUGCUAACUGUCUGCUUUUGCUUCAUUUGUCGACGUCCGAACAUGUUGUUGAACUUCUCAGAAACAUUGGCGUCAGUUAGUUAAUCCAUCUAGUGUGGCACGGUGGUGCAGCGGUAGAGUUGCUGCCGCACAGCACCAGAGACCCGGGUUCAAUCCUGCCUACGGGUGCUGUCUGUACGGAAUUUGUACAU